GUGCACGCCUAAACCAUUUAAUUUUUGAAGCUAAGGAUUUACAGGUUAGUGAAGCUGGUGAGCCGUGUUUCAAGCCAUUCCUCGUCGGUCGUCAUCCGCGACAAUUGGCGCAUCACAUCGUCGUUUCUCUACCAAAUAUUCUCUCGACACGUCGAGCCUUACGCACCCAAGUGACCGAAGUCCCCUCUGGCUCUUCUGACAUGCUCCGCGUGGCCUAGUAAACUGUGUGAUCGACCACUAGCCCAAUGUCACCCACUCCCUAGCGCAUAUCUCACAAAAGCACACGUCCAUCAAACCACCAAACCCUUGCAAGCCCAGCUGUUUUGUAUCGGUCUGUGUCAUUAGCCAGGAAAGACCCAGCCCCUAGGCCACUGCUAUCGUACGUCCUACAUAAUGGCGGACCUCGCCCGCGAAGAGGCAGACCGGUACUUCUCCCAUCAAGACCACCACAAUUCCCAUCCCGAGGACCGAGACGACGAUUCCUUACACUCAUUCGACGGCGAUCAUAAGUCUUCCGACGACGCUUAUCAUUCAGACCCCGGGACAGACGACGACGACACCGCCGCCAACAUGGCCACCAUGACCAGCACAAGAACGACAUACCAUCUGCCCACACAGACAUACGAUGCCAACACAGGCCCCAAAGGCGUCAUUGCCGACGCUCAAUCCUACGCUCGUGCCAAACAAUCGACCUUCCGCCAACGAUUGGCCAGUUUCGCAGGCAACUUGACCUCGUCCAUGAAGCCUGCCGCCACCAGCGGCACCACUGGGGCCGAUAAGCGCAAAAGCUUCUUCGGCACAUCUCCCAAGUCGACGUCGUCCUCCGACGAAAACCUCGCGCUCUCAGACGAGGAAGCAGACUCGGAGUUCAUGCGAUCAUGGCGCGCCAGCCGCCUUGCAGAGCUGUCGUCCCAAUGCCAGUCUCAGUCGGCGUCACAACGAAGACAGGCCCCCAGCCAACGCACCUGGGGAACCUUCAUAGAGGUCGACGCAACUGGGUACCUCGAUGCCGUUGAAAAAGUCUCCGAAGAGACCGUCGUUGUGGUUAUGAUUUAUGACCCGUCAUCCUCGGCGAGUGCAGAAGUCGAGGACGAAUUGAGCACACUCGCUUACAAGAACAACAAGACGCGAUUCGUGCGGCUCAAUCAUGAAAUCGCCGACAUGGAGUCCGUACAGAUUCCCGCCGUGCUGGCGUACAGAGGUGGUGAAGUCUUCGCCACGAUAUCGGAUGCAAAGGCUGAAGGGCUCGAGGGCGUUUUACUACAGUAUGUCUUGUCAAACCCUCGCUGACCCUCGAGGUGCGUCCUGCGAUGCUAAUCAUUUCGUCUCUCAGACAUCGUGUACUCCAGUAACGAAAGCCCUCCGGCGCCGGUGCUGGACGGUACCUCCUGUGGUUGAGGGAUGGAAUCCCGCUCUUCGUGCUGCUCACAUGCAGCCCUUCCACACUUAAGACACCUUCUUAUGACUCGAACUCAACAGUUCGCUU